CAAUUUUUAGUAAGAAAGUUGACGCGUUACCAAUUGGUAGUAUUAAAGAAUAUAAAUUUAAGAAAAAUAAUAACAGUUAUUGAAAAGAGUAGAAUUUAAAAAUCGGUUGAUCAUCAUUUAGGUUUUUGUUAUUUUCUUAAUUAAAUUUCUAAAAUAGCUCGAUUUUUCAAUUUAUAAUGGCAUUUGGUCCAGAACCAUGUUCAACAACAUGUCCAGCAUGUGGAAAAUCAAUAACAACACAUGUUGAACAUAAAGCAACAACAAAAACUCAUAUUCUUGCUGCCCUUUUAUGUAUUUUGGGAUGCUGUCCGUGUGCUCUUGCCCUGUAUUGUACAGGUUGUGCUCGUGAUUUAGAACAUUACUGCCCAAGUUGCAAUGCAUUGGUUGGAACAUACACUAAAUAAAAUAUCAUUUUUGAAUUUUAUAUAUAUGUAGUUACCAAAGAUACAUAUUGGCCUUUAUUAUUUUGAUUAUAAUAAUAUUAAAUGAGCAAUUAAUAUGUAUUUUAAUAAUCAAAUAUAAACUUUAAGAAAAUGGCGGAAAAUUCAAUAUUUUUCUAUUUAUAUUAAAAGUAAAGAAUUUUUUUCCUGGACCAUCAGAAUUGUUUUUAAUAACAUUUUUCAAUUUAUAAAUUUUUUACUUAUGUACUUUCAUACAUUUUAUAGAUUUUAUGUUAUUAAUUUGUAAGUUUCAAAGAAUAAUUUUUUUUAUUAUGUUUUAUUUUUAAAUAUGUUUUUUAUAUUUUAACAAUUACAAAUUAAAAAUAUACCAAACAAAAAUUAUAUUUCAAGAUUAAAAAUGUAAAAUGAAAAAAAAAAAAAUGGAAUCAAUUUUUGUACAAGCACAUUCUACAGGUAUUAUUAGUCACAGCUCGUAUCUUUGUCAAAUAUUAUUAAAAAAAAUAUUAAGAUUAAGAUAAAAAACGAGAAAACAAAUAAAAAAAAUAUGAAAUAAAUAAAAAAAAAGAGAAAAUUAUAUGUGGUUUAAUUUGAUCCUUUUACAUUACAAUUGUAUGUGUUCAGUUUAACUAUAUAAGUCUAAAGUGGAGUCCCUUAUGGCCUCGAGAGACUAGAAAUAUUUUUAAUUUUAGACCGCGAGAGAAAUUAAAUUGUUAUAUUCUGCAAAAACACAAAAUUUUGUACUAACC